GGAGGGAGCAGUUGCUGCUAGAGAAGGAGAACUUAAGCCGGGAGAAGGUUCAGCAUCUCGGUGAAAAAUGUCACGACGCUGGUGCCGCAAAUUGGAAGUUGCCAUCUUGAGUUUCGUGGGAUUCACUGGGUUCCUGUUCCUCCUCCAAAACAAUGACAAUGGCCCUGUCCUGAAGGAGGUGAUAGAUACUUCCAGGACAAUCCCACCAAUCCAGGACAAUCCCCCCAAUCCCCCCAAAGCCAUUGCUGAGUGUCGGGAGAAUGUGUCAGUGGCAAACAUUUCUGGAUUUGUCGGAUUGCCUGACCAUAUCAAAGACUUCUUGCGGUAUAAGCAUUGCAAGGAGUUCCCUCUGCUUCUGGACAUGCCAGAUAAGUGCGGAGGUCCAGACAAAUCCUACAACGUCUUCUUGCUCCUUGCUAUCAAGUCAUCACCAGGGAAUUAUGAACGGCGUGAAAUCAUCCGCAAGACGUGGGGCCAGGAACGGAUGUAUGCAGGGGUCCAGAUCCGAAGGAUUUUCUUGUCCGGGGGUGUGGCUAAUCCUCGUGAUGCUAGGAAGCUUAACCAACUCUUGAAGAUAGAGGCAGAAGAGAAUGGAGACAUCCUCCAGUGGGGUUUCCAUGAUAGCUUCUUCAACCUGACCCUGAAGCAAGUCCUUUUCCAUUCUUGGAUGGAGGCCCGCUGUCCUGGCGUCCGCUUUGUCUUCAAUGGGGACGACGAUGUCUUUGCCAACACGGACAAUAUUAUCCACUACUUGUUGGAUGUUCCAGGAGCAGGAGACGAGCACCUCUUUGUGGGGCAGCUUAUUACCAAUGUGGGCCCCAUCCGUGAGAAGUGGAGCAAAUACUACGUGCCAGAGCAAGUGACCACUUCCAAAUCCUAUCCCCCUUAUUGUGGUGGUGGGGGUCUUCUUAUGUCUGGCUAUACUUUGCGUACCAUCUACAAGGAAUCGCUGGGCAUUGAACUCUUCCCUAUUGACGACGUGUACCUGGGGAUGUGCCUCCAGAAAGCGGGACUAGCUCCUUCUUCCCACAUGGGCAUCCGGACGGUGGGUGUGCGGGUGCCUUCCUCCAGACUAGAGUCCUUUGACCCUUGUUAUUACAAGGAGCUUCUCCUGGUCCAUCGCUUUGUGCCUUAUGAGAUGCUGGUGAUGUGGAGAGCAAUCCACCAGCGAAACUUGAUCUGUGGGAAGAGAAUAGAGGUCUAUCAACCAUUCUGAAGAACCUUGGGGUGCACUGGGGAAGGAUUUAAAAUGGAGGGUGAGAAUGGACCGUAUAUUUAUUUUGUCUGGCUUGUACUUUGCAGUCAGUAACUUCUAGUGUGACUCCUUUUUUUGCUUUUUGUUUCCACCCCCACCCCCACCGAUGUCCAGGGGAAGGGUGAGAACCAUAAUGUUAAAAUAUGGCUAAAAAAACCUACUAUGAAGGAUGGGUGACGGCUGAUCUGUUCUCCAAUUGUUUUG